ACUCUAAGUAGUGUAAGUAAUUAUUAGAAUAUGCCGUGUAUGUAUUCUUGUAUAUUUAUCAAUACCUGUCUCACUUUUUAAACAGGGAAGCAAGCAAAACAAGUUUCACAUCGUAAAUUUAGACGUGGAUGUCGUGAUUCUGAACAAGAAAGUGAAACAAGUACAAUUGGCAGUUGUACCGGAUAUUUGGGUGUCAGAUGGAAUCUGCUUCUACCCUAAUUCCAAGAAUUCCCUGCCUUAUGUCAUGAGAAGAUCCCCCGUUGGAAAAAAUUGGAAAACAUAUCCAUCAACCAUCAAGUCAACGUUUGAUACCUACACAGAAGCUAGAAACAAGUUGGCUGCAGCUAAUUCUGACAUCGAUACUACAGAUUCUCAACAUGAGGCAUCUGCUGCUGUGAAUGAGGAGGGUAGACCCAAACGCAAAAAGAGGAAACCUACAAGACAAUUGAGCGCAGAUGAAUCAGCAGAAGACUCAGAAAGUAGUGAUUCUGAUUUAGAAGAUGGUGACGAUGAUGUUCAACCUGCUGUCCCAGCUGGCUUAUGUGCUGAAAAAAAUGCCACAUGUUAGGUACCCCCAAAAUCUGCUACGGCACCUGAUAGACAGGUGUUUACUGUUCCUCUUACUGUCAAUGAUGUAAGAAGCAGCCAGCAACCAACAGCUUCAAUCAAUCAAUCGGACUAACCAGCAAUAAUGCCUACACCUCGUCAGCAAUCUUUUAUUAUGGAACAUGUAUCCAACGGAGAACGAUAAAGUAGUUAUCAUCGUGAAAAUUAUCACGCUCCACCGCGUUCUCAACAGCAGUUCUACCCAACUUCUGAUACAUGGGCACAUAAUAGUGCCAUGCAGCAGCAAACACACACUGCAGUAUCAAACGAAACUUUUCAGAAUGACCAAUACUCUACAAGGGCCCCAUUAGAUUAUUGGAACUCUCCACAGCCUGGAACUUCUAGUGUGAACUAUCACAGCAAUGGUUAUCAGCAACAAUCCAGGAUUUCAGAGAACAGAUACUUAACUGAAAUCGGUCGUGUUGUGAACACUGUUCCCGAGACUCCUUUAUUGACUCAAAAUCUUCAAAGCAACAUUCCUGAUACAGUUUCAUCUCUGCCUCGAAGAAAUCUUCCUAGUCUGGAGUCUACGCAACAAACGAAGAAACGACAUCGGCACCCCGAGCAGGAAUCUUUUGAAUUUUCAGUUUUUAAGUCCUUAGCCCAAAUUUCUCAAGGGAUUGAGAAACUUUCAAAAGCUUUACAAGUAAUUAGUAUCGCGAUUGAGAAAGGAGAAUCUUCAAUCGCAUUGCCAACGAUGGAAUUCGACGGACUUCCUGUUAAAGAUAUUGAAUCGCUAAGAUUGUUGGAGAUUAAGCUGUUGGACCAAGCUUCUUUCAAAGAAUUUGUAUUGAUGGUCAGUCGUAUUGGUGGAAAUGGAGCGGCUAAUUUUGUCAAUCGAGCCUGGGACGCAAUUCUUAGCGUAAAUGCUAAAGCAAGUUGCAAUUGGAAAGGCGCAAAGCGUAAGGGAACUGAUCAAAAGUAUGGCCUAGAAAAUUCCAUGGUUACUGCUGCAGUAUUCAAAGCCGUUCUGGAUAAGUUUUCCAGUUCGGACAAAAACGAAUUGACAAAUUUUACGAAACUUGCAGUAAAGCACGCGCCUGGGAAACAAAGGAAACAGAACGCCGCUGCUGUCGUUGCUCAAGAAGACGAUCCACGUUGAAUAAACACAAGUUCUGAACGCCAUUCAAGAGAAUCAGCUUGAAUGGUAAACCAAAUUUUCGAAUCAAGACAAAACUGCGACUUCAGAAGAAAAACACAUCCACAACAGGAUAUUCAUGAAAAAAUACCUGUUAGUUUGUUUUCUCGUGUAUUAAUUGCCAGUUCAAUCGAAGAAUUGUUGAUUCUUUUGUUGUUCUUUGUCCGUUUUUUCAUUUGUGUGGUUGACCUUCCUUGUUUCCAUCAAACCCGUCUCAACACACUAAAUAAUCUGGAAUUGUCUUACACUUAUCGCUAUAAUUGUAAGUGGAAAAUACAAAGAGUAUUACAUUUAA